GAGCAGCGCAACUCUACUCCCAAUCCCAUACCAACUCUCUUCUCUACUAGUUUUUCCUUUCAGAUCCAAACUGAUCGAUGCUUAAACCCAUACACACACUUGUUCUCUUCUUACUUGUUUGCCUCUCAUGGCACACAGUCUCCGGGCAACAAACCUGGCAAGAAGCCUUUAAAGUCCUCGGAAUUGCAUGGAACAGGGAUGGUACCUUAAACCGGACUGUCCAAAUUCCCAUGGUGGAUCCGACCCCCUACGCGGACACCAAACCCACCCCCAUAGCCCUUUCUCAGGACAUUUACCUCAGCCCCUACAACAAAGCCUAUAUUCGCCUCUACAUACCUCUCAACCCUCCCAAGAACAAGAAACUCCCCCUCAUCAUCUACCUCCACGGCGGCGACUUCGUCCUCUUCAGUGCUUCCACCGUCAUUUUCCACAACUUCUGCAACGACAUCGCCUCCCAGUUCCCCGCCGUCGUCGCCUCCGUCGAGUACCGCCUCGCCCCGGAGAACCGCCUCCCCGCUGCUUAUGACGAUGCCCUCAACGCCAUCUUCUGGGCUAAAAAUCAGGCUCUGGGGGUAGGUGGGCGGGACCCCUGGAUGGAGUACGCCGACUUCUCCAGGGUUUUCUUGCUUGGCAGCAGUUCCGGAGCUAACAUCGUGUACCAUGCGGCUCUGCGGGCUCUGGAUUUCGAUAUCAGGCCGUUGCAGAUCAAAGGGUUGUUGUUGAAUCAGGCGUAUUUCGGUGGGCAGAGGCCGACGCAAUCGGAGCUCAGACUCAAGGAUGAUCCAUACGUUGCUCUGUACGUGAACCAUGUGCUGUGGAGCCUGGCCCUACCCAGGAACCUGAACCGUGACCACGAGUUCAGCAAUCCGAUCUCAGGUGGAACGUAUCUGGGUCGAGUCUUCCGGUUGCCGAAAGUGUAUAUAAAAGGUGAUUAUGGGGACCCGUUGGUGGACCGGUCGGUGCAGUUGGCCAAAUUCUUGCAGUCUUGCAGGGUGCCUGUUUAUUCCCGUUUCAAUCAAGGAGGGUUCCAUGGGAUUGAGCUUCAGAACACGACAGCGGCUCAGGAACUGUACAAUGAGAUGAAGUGGUUCGUCAACAAUGUCUGCGCGAAUGAGGAGAUUGAGGAAAUUGUCAGUUCUGAUCAUUCUUCUCAGUAAUGAUAUCAUGAAUCUCCAGUCAGGUCUCUCCGGUUUUUACGUACUGCCGUUUUCUAGCAUAUGAAUAACUAAACGUUGUACCUGAUGCAAUCGUGUUUGUACUCUUGAAAUUUGAAGAAGUAAUUGGAGAUGGGUUUUGAAUUUUGUUGUUCUAUGUUA